AUGUAUACAUAUCCCGUAUUGAGCAACGGACAGGUAGACGAGCUGCAUUUGAGAAAUUCUCGAACAAAAUUCAUUAUAUCCAAUCUCUACGAUAGCAUUCAAGGUCUCCAUAAAAGUUUAGCAAAGAGCCCUCGAAGUGAAUGCCAAAGAGCCAACUUUUGCUCAAACUCUACACUGUCUAAUACUCUUCGUGAUCUAUUUCUGAAUUUCCACAACUCUGCACGCCUUAGAGUGGCGAAAGGAAUCGAGCCAAAUAAAACUGGAUUGCUAAACCCGGCAAAGAAUAUGUACAAACUGGAAUGGGACUGCGGUUUAGAGCACAAAGCUCAAAAAGCUAUCGCUUCUUGCCCGAGCACAACUACACCUAUUCCAAGGACCGCACAGAAUUUGAUGCAAAUAAUGUAUCAAGGUAAUGUAGCGAUUGACGUGGGCGCUAACAUCAAAAGUACCUUGAGCCGAUGGUGGGACGCAGCAGUGAUGUUUGGCGUCACCGACCCAGAGAAUAGAUACACUGACUUACUUUACAACUUUGCAAAUAUGGUUUUUUCCGAAACGACAAAAAUUGGAUGCGCUCAUCAAACUUGUCGUACUGACUACGCUACCUACAUAAGUGUUACUUGCCUCUAUAAUGCGAUCGCGUACGUAGAUAAUCAGCGAUUGUGGGAAACGGGAUCUGCCUGCACAAAUCACUCACAGUGCACAACUCACCCUAAUUCUUUCUGUUCCGGUGGACUAUGCGUCAAGGGAGCAGCCGUCUCAGAAACCAACAAAAUGUGCCCCUCAAACGCUGGAAUGACAGAUUCCGUGAGGAUGGCUUUUGUAAACCUACAAAAUACUUUCAGGUCGAGUCUAGCGCGUGGCUUGGAACCCGAUGGGCUAGGCGGAAAGGCCCCAAAAGCUUCUAAAAUGCUCAGGAUGGUGUACGAUUGUUCUAUAGAAGCUUCGGCAAUGAGGAGUGCUCGAAAGUGUAUUUUCGCUCAUUCCAAAGAUUCAGAAAGACCAGGACUUGGAGAAAAUCUCUUUAUGACAACCUUUCUUAAUUUUGACAAAAUCAAGACUGCUGAACAGGCCUCUCAAAAGUGGUGGAACGAAUUGAAAGAGUUUGGUAUUGGUCCUGAAAAUAGGCUUACAAUGGCAUUAUGGAAAAGACGCGGCAAGAAAAUUGGGCACUACACUCAAAUGGCCUGGGAUACUAGCUAUAAGCUUGGGUGUGCUGUCGUGGCCUGUCCUAACUUCACUUUCGGUGUUUGUCAGUAUGGACCAAAAGGCAACCAUAUCAACGGACAGAUCUACACCGUUGGAAAACCCUGCACCGGAUGUCCGCACAGUUGCAAUAACACGGAAGGACUUUGUAUUGUUGUUUGA